CUACAUGCUCAUCACCGUGUUCAAGUCGACAGUUCUGGCAUUUGCAUUUCUUAAUUUAGCACUGUUUUGUUGUCGCUAUGUAUACGCUCUCAGCUAUUUGUCUUUGCCUGGUGUUUUGCCAUGCAGAUACUCAAUGUAUGCAUGCUCUGCUGAAAUGCCAGGGGAGCUCCAGUGAUGGUCAUGAUGCGUCUGUUGUGGAGAAAACCUACUAUAACAAGAUGCUUUAUGUCCAAUACAACAGCACCUGGGGAAAUGUUACUGGCUCCACAAAGAUGGCAAGGAAAGCUGCAGAUAUUCUGAACACGUACUAUUAUUUGAGAGGCAUUAGAGAAACUCUAGAACUCUGCAAGACAUGGAUCACUCGUGCAUACAGCAUCUUAGCCCAGAAAGUUGAGCCGAAGGUCCGACUGCGAUUAACCAAGGCGCCGGCGGACAGCGAGCAUCCAGCGACCCUUGUCUGCAGUGUGUACAAUUUCUAUCCAAAGGAGAUCUUGGUGACGUGGCUCAAGAACGGCGAGCGGGUUACAUCUGAGGUGACGUCCACCGAUUCCCUACCCAAUGGCAAUUGGCUCUAUCAGAGGCACUCGUACUUGAAGUACACGUCGACGCACUGGGACAAAAUCAGCUGCGUGGUGGAGCACCCCAGCCUCGAGAAGCCGAGGAUUUAUGACUGGGAGCCUACGCCGGAGUCUGUGAAGAAUAAGUUCAUAUUGGGAACCAUGGGGCUGAUCGUGGGUCUGGUUUCUUUCGCUGCUGGCCUGAUUUACGACAGAAGGAAUGUGCCUGGGCGAGAGAGAGCUUCGGCAAAUGGUGACAGAAGUGAUGUGCAGUGAGGGGAAGGAGGGGAGGCAGAGACUCACCUGCACCACGAAGAGUAAAACAAUAAUAAUAAUAAUAAUAAUAAUAAUGGUUGACUAACAUUCUUUUCAAUGUUAGUUCACUGGUCUGUUCUUCAUAAUAACUUUUUUUAAUGUUUGUCAGCGCCCCCAAAUCAAAACCUCUGGUCCUCAUUUGAGAAUCACGCCAAAUUCAUGUGCACAUUUGCUUAUCAUCAUGCUUCCUGAAAAUCAAAGUUAAGCUGUGUUGUUCGUAUUGAGCACACAUUGGGGAACAAAAUGAACUGCUUCUGUUUCAUUUUUUUCAUUUUGUUCAUUAAAAGCCUGAGUUUGC